CAUUAAUACUCGCUUUUUGUUCACCGGCGGCACCCUGUUCGCAGUUAUGACAUUCAUAUCCGUCACUGUACAUACAUACGACGUUUUUGCACGAACUCGUGUGCAUGAAUUGCCGUCAAUUACGUAUUUAAACGUUAAUGAGAAAGUUAAGUGAAACGUGACAUCAGCUGACGUCUCCGUAAGGAAGCUAUUUAUUCGCAACUUCCCGCUCGAUAGCGUCACCAAAUGGCAACCAAAUGUGGGUAGUUUUAAAGGCGAGACUUUCCUAACCUAAAAGAUGGUACUUGUACAAUUUGCCGAGCACUUGCGUUGCACGAUACGUCAGUUAAAUGCUGUAGGCCUGCGCUCUUACGAACGUAUUCUCGUUAGUCGUAACGUCCAUCUACAGAACACAAGGCGUCUCUUGGUAAUCGCCGGUCCCUCGGGCUCUGGCAAGAGUACGAUAUUGAAGCGUUUGUUCAACGAAUUCCCUGAUUCCUUCGGAUUCUCCGUUUCUCAUACUACAAGAGCGCCUCGUCUUGGUGAAGAAGAUGGAAAGCAUUAUUUUUUCACCUCCAAAGAGGAAAUGCAGAAGCAAAUUGACAAUGGGGAGUUUAUCGAGAGCGCCACUUUCAGUGGCAAUCUUUAUGGAACGAGUAAGAGAGCAAUCGAGGCCGUUCAGAAUGCAGGAAAGGUUUGCGUACUCGAUAUCGACGUUCAGGGUGUAAAGCAAAUUAAGAAAAGUUCUUUGGAACCGGUUUUUGUUUUUAUUAAGCCUCCGUCCUUCAACGAGUUGGAGAAGAGGUUAAGGAGUAGAAAUACAGAAUCCGAGGAGUCUCUGCAACGCAGACUAAACGCUGCCUUGUCGGAGUUACAGUACGGCGAGGAGCCAGGUAACUUCCACCUGAUCGUUGAAAAUAACAAUCUGGAGGAAGCAUAUGAGAAAUUACGAGAGUUUGUCCUCGCAAAACUCCUUAAGUCUCAAGAGUAAUGCAGUACGAUACCUUAUCCUUGUUACCAAUGAUUAAAAACUAAUGAAAAGGUCUUCGGAAAGUGUUUCUUUAACAAUAGUUUCACUAUAUUGUGAUAUGACGAUGGUUCGUUAUCUAUUGUUUGUAAUGUUUAGGGUUCGGUUAUGUCGUAGGGAAGGAAACUAUGCGAAUCAUUGUCACGGUAAGAUUGUGUAGGAAGUAUUCCAAUCAAGCUGGUAGUAGUUAUACGGUGGAAACAAUUGAAAACUGGUAGAAGAUAUCUUUUCCUCUUCGUACAUUUUUAUUUUUUAUAUAACGUGUACAAGUUUCUCCUUGUUUAAUUAAUGUCCGAGUAAUUGUAGUUAUGGGAUCACAGUGACUAGCAUUUAGGAGUCGGAGUACAAGAAGUUUGCAAAUCGGUGUCAAAAUUGUAUCGUAUACAUUCUUACAGUCGACAGCUUUAACUGCGAUGCUUAAAAGCGUAAUUCUAGUAUUCUAGAUAUUAAAACUCAGUUCGAUCAUACUAUUCGUAGCAACCUAGGAAUAGUUUAAGCAUCCAUAAAUGAAAAUGUUCAACCGUUAGAUUAUUAACAUUUAGUGAUUACUAAAAGUAAUUAGUCUUUAAUUCAUUGUGGAUCGGUUAAAGUUUAAUUACGCAAAGGCCAAAAUGAAACAGGUCUUUCAGGGAGCCUACGAGUUAUCCUAUAUCUAGUGAUUAAGAUAGAAUGGCUCAUGAUACUGCAUUUAUAUUAUUUUUACAAACAUAUUUAGAUAAACUGGAUUUAUUUAUUACGUUGUACCAUCGAAUGGAUUCCGACAUACAAUACACUAGUGCGAACAGAUGACCGUAUUUUGUUACAAAUAAUGAUACAAAUUAAAAAGGCACGUUACAAAAUAGUUCUUCAAAUUUACGCUCUAGAACAUUUAUUUAAUGCGUUAUGUCACACUGGAAAAAAUAUCCUGUU